CUGCCGGAAGUUCCCGCGGGCGCUCGGCGCCGGUGCCGGCCAUGAGCAAGCGCAAAGCUCCCCAGGAGAGCCCCAACGAGGGCAUCACCGACUUCCUCACCGAACUGGCCAACUACGAGCGCAACGUGAACCGGGCCAUCCACAAGUACAACGCGUACAGGAAAGCGGCGUCGGUCAUUUCUCGGUAUCCGAGCAAGAUACGGAGCGGGGCUGAAGCCAAGAAGCUGGAUGGAGUAGGUGCUAAAAUAGCCGAAAAGAUAGAUGAAUUCUUAUCCACUGGAAAACUACGGAAAUUGGAAAAGAUUCGACAAGAUGAUACGAGUGCUUCUAUCAGUCUCCUGACACGAGUCACUGGCAUCGGUCCUGCUGCUGCUAGGAAGUUUGUUGAGGAAGGAAUUAAGACUUUAGAAGAUCUAAGAAAAAUUGAGCACAAGCUGACCCAUCACCAGCGAAUUGGGUUGAAAUACUUUGAAGAUUUUGAGAAGAGAAUCCCGAGGGAAGAAAUGUUGCAAAUGCAGGAAAUUGUGCUCAAAGAGAUAAAGAAGCUGGACCCAAACUAUAUUGCUACAGUCUGUGGCAGUUUUAGGCGAGGCGCAGAGUCAAGCGGCGAUAUGGAUGUUCUCCUAACCCAUCCCAGUUUUACAUCUGAAUCAUCCAAACAGUCAAAACUUUUGCAUCAGGUUGUAGAACAACUGGAAAAAGUCCACUUUGUCACAGAUGUGCUUUCUAAAGGUGACACCAAAUUCAUGGGUGUCUGUCAGCUGCCAGAUAAAGAAGAUGGAACAGCCUAUCCACAUCGGAGAAUUGAUAUCCGGCUUAUCCCAAAAGAUCAGUAUUACUGUGGUGUACUGUAUUUCACAGGAAGUGAUAUAUUCAAUAAGAACAUGAGAACUCACGCUCUGGAAAUGGGCUUCACAAUCAAUGAAUAUACAAUACGCCGCUUGGGUGUUACUGGAGUUGCUGGCGAGGCCCUGCCGGUAGAAUGUGAAAAAGACAUCUUUGACUAUAUCCAGUGGAAAUACCGAGAGCCAAAGGAUCGGAGUGAAUAACUUAACUGCUUGUGUAGGUUUGUAGCCUAGAGAGAUGUUUUCACAGCUUCUUACGAACAUGUGAAAGUGCAUAGCCUUACUUUGGAUGUUACUUGAGAAACUGUGUAUUAUUGAUGUUUAAAGCAAAUCCGUGGCACUCGAACAGAAUGUGUCGUGAAGAUAAAUCUUGUGAGAUUUCAUUUUCAUAUAGUCACAGAAUAAUUUGGGUUGCUAGGCACCCCUUAAUGUCAUGUAGUCUAGUCCCCCUGCAUGAGCAGGGCCAUCUUUGACUAGAGAAGAUUGCUUAGAGCCUGGUCCAAUCUGACCUUGAAUGUUUCCGGGGAUGGGGGGUCCAGUGUCUCUCUUUGUAUCUUAUAUAUGUAGAUACCAGAAUGAAAAAGCGGGCUAUAUCAUGAAGUACUCCUAAAGAGUACCAUUUUCAACUACUGUCUGUAUCUCCUCAUACCUGUGUUAAGUGUCUUGGUGCAGUGCUGAAGCUCAUAAUGAGUCCUUCCUGUGUACUUAUUUCUAAAAUCUUUCAGUAUGGGCUAUAUGCUAAGGUAGCCAUUCUCCCGUUGCAUGUGACCUGUGAAUUUUGUUACUAGGUAUGUUGUAGUACUAUUGAUUGCAGUGCUCUGUGUUUCGUUCAGCUCGGUCUGAUUAAUUGAUGCACUGCUACCACUCCUGUAGAUUCAAUCUGCCCUUUUUUAUAUGCAAAACUGUCAAAUCUUAUUUUAUACCUCCCCUUUAAUUGUUGGGAAAGGUAAUGAGUAUUUUGGAUGUGAGAUGAGGUCUCUUCAAGAAUGCAUGUAUUUGGGACAGGUUCUGUUGGUUAACUUUAAACUUUCCAAAGUAGUAAACUACUAGCUUUCACAUGUUACAGAGCACGAGCAUGGAAUGUAUUGCUGCUACUGUGUUUGAAUACCUUGAAGCAGUAAGGCAACUGUAGUACAGAACUGCAAGCUUGAAAGGAUGAGACUUUUGUACAUAGUCAAAUUGACUAAUGCUAACAAUAUAAUACUUCUCUUGGUUUCUUAAUGCUUAGGUUCUCUAUCGGUGUCUAUGAGGGCAGAGAGGAUUUUGUAUAGUCAGACUACUUAACUUGAACCUGAAUCAUGAAACAAACA